UGUGCGCGAAAGUGCCCACGUGGGUUUGUGUGGUUGUGUGGUUUAUGGGCUACUUCUCAACCCAUUCUGCAAGGGUCAUCUUCCAGGAGACGGAGUGCUGUGCCAGGAGAAUCGCAGAGGGUCAUGCCUGUGUUGAGGUUCUACAGGAGAGAGGCAGAGGUCGGAAGGGCCCUUCAGAGGGUGGCAGUGUUGUACCCAGGGGUCUCCAUAGAAACUGAACUCUGCUACAAUGUGGAACUGAAUGGAGCUGGAUCUCUCAGUGCUGACCAGAAGGAUGUGCUUCGUUGGCUGUUCAGUCCGCCCCAGAGUGGAGAUUUAUCUGAGGAAGCAUCCCUUAAGGCUGCAGAUGGAGAGAGACUGGUGGAGAUUGGACCCAGACUGAACUUCUCCACGGCCUGGUCCACCAAUGCUGUGUCCAUUUGUCAGAGUGCAGGCCUCAGCCAAGUGUCUCGAGUGGAACUGUCCCGCAGACACCUCAUCAAGCCCAAGGAUGGACAGAAUGGGAUGAAGCCAGACAAAGACAUGGAGAAACUGAUUGGAUGUCUGUACGACGGCAUGACUGAAUGUGUGUACCUGCAUCCAAUCAGCUCGUUCAUCGUGGAGACCCGCCCAAAGGAAGUGUUUGAGGUGGACAUUCUGGGGAAAGGCCGUGCAGCCUUGGAGAUGGCCAAUGAUGAGCUGGGUCUUGCAUUUGACUCCUGGGAUCUAGACUAUUAUACGGCGCUGUUUCAGAGGGUGAAGAGGAACCCCACCAGUGUGGAGUGCUUUGACUUGGCACAGUCCAACAGUGAACACAGUCGUCACUGGUUCUUCCGUGGCCGUAUGGUUAUUGAUGGACAGGAGCAGAAGGACACCCUGUUCAGUCUUAUUAUGGGCACCCAACGCCAUAGCAACCAAAACAAUGUCAUCCAAUUCUGUGACAACAGCAGUGGUAUUACGGGUAUGGAGCUGGAGUUCAUGUAUCCUCGAGACCCUACCCAGGCCAGCGUCUAUGAUACGAGACGUUCCACUAGGCAUGUCAUCUUCACGGCAGAGACGCACAACUUCCCCACCGGUGUGGCCCCUUUCAGUGGGGCGACGACAGGAACAGGGGGGCGAAUCAGAGAUGUGCAGAGUGCUGGAAAGGGAGGUCACGUGAUCGCCGGGACAGCUGGGUACUGUUUUGGUAACCUGCAUAUCCCAGGUUUUGCCCUCCCCUGGGAAGAGGAGGGCUGGGAGUACCCCUCUAGCUUUGCCCCUCCAUUGCAGGUGGCUGUCGAAGCCAGCAAUGGAGCCUCAGACUAUGGCAACAAGUUUGGGGAACCUGUUCUUGCAGGAUUUGCCCGGUCCUUUGGCAUGCGUCUUGCCAAUGGAGAGAGACGAGAGUGGAUUAAGCCAAUCAUGUUCAGCGGCGGGUUGGGCUCGAUCGAAGACCAGCAUGUGAAGAAGGAGGCAGCAGAGCCAGGCAUGGAGGUGGUGAAGAUCGGUGGCCCUGUGUACAGGAUCGGGGUUGGAGGAGGGGCCGCCUCCUCUGUGCAGGUCCAGGGCGAUAACUCGAGUGCGCGUGACCUGGACGCUGUGCAGAGAGGAGACGCAGAGAUGGAGCAGAAGAUGAACCGGGCGCUGAGGGCCUGUCUAGAGAGGGAGGCAGGAAACCCCAUCUGCAGCAUCCACGACCAGGGCGCCGGGGGCAACGGGAAUGUUUUGAAGGAACUGAGUGAGCCAGCUGGAGCUGUGAUCUACACCAGCAAGUUUAAGACAGGUGACCCGACCCUGAGUGUCCUGGAACUCUGGGGCGCUGAGUAUCAGGAGAGCAAUGCCCUCCUGCUCCAACCGGCCGAUCGCAACUUUCUGGAAAAAGUGUGCCAGCGUGAAAAGUGCCCAGUUGACUUUGUGGGCAAGAUCACUGGUGAUGGCAAGAUUGUUCUGGAGGAUGACGUGCGUAGUCGUGGCGACACCUCAAAUGGGCGGCACCCUGUGGAUCUGGAUCUGGAGUGGGUCCUGGGCAAGAUGCCCCAGAAGGAGUUUGUGAUGGAACGUUUGCCCCCAUCUCUUGUGCCCCUGUCUCUGCCCUCCCCUCUCUCUGUGCUCUCUGCCCUCGAGAGAGUCUUAAGACUGCCCUCUGUGGCCAGCAAGCGCUACCUCACCAACAAGGUGGAUCGUUCUGUGACGGGCCUGGUUGCCCAGCAACAGUGUGUCGGACCCCUCCACACCCCGCUGGCUGACGUCGCCGUGGUCGCGCUGUCGCCCUUCAGCCUGCAGGGCGCUGCCACAGCGAUUGGAGAGCAGCCAAUCAAAGGGCUGAUCUCCCCGGCGGCAGGGGCACGCAUGGCCGUAGGCGAGGCUCUUACUAACCUGGUCUUCGCCAGAGUCACGGCUCUCAAGGAUGUGAAGUGCAGUGGGAACUGGAUGUGGGCGGCCAAGCUGCCCGGGGAGGGCGCCAGCCUGUGGGAGGCGUGCCAGGCCAUGUGCCAGGUGAUGGGGCAGCUGGGCGUGGCUAUCGACGGGGGCAAGGACUCCCUCAGCAUGGCCGCACGUGUGAGCGCGGAGACUGUCAAAGCACCAGGUUCUCUGGUGAUCUCUGUGUAUGCUGUGUGCCCUGACAUCACUGUCACUGUGACCCCUGACCUGGAGGACCCUGACGGCCAAGGAGUCCUGCUCUACGUGCCUGUCAGUCCGGGCAAGCACAGACUGGGGGGCUCCGCACUGGCUCAGUGCUUCGGCCAGCUGGGAGACUGCUGCCCUGACCUGGAUCACCCAGACAAGCUCUCCGCCUGCUUCAACACCACCCAGGCACUCAUACAAGAUCGAGUGCUGAGUGCAGGACAUGAUGUCAGUGAUGGAGGACUUAUUUCCUGUGUACUGGAGAUGGCCUUUGCUGGGAAUCGUGGGAUUGAAGUGAACUUGCCCUCUCAAGAUGCUGGAGUGCUGGAGGUUCUGUUCUCUGAGGAGUUGGGCUUGGUUCUGGAGGUGUCUGAGCAUGAUGUGACCCGUGUGUGCCAGAGCUACACAGACGCAGGCCUGCUCUGUCACCGCAUAGGCAGAACCUGUGGCUUUGGGCCCGAGUCCAUGGUGACGGUGAAGGUGGAUGGUCAGGAGGUGCUGAGCGAGUCACUGCCCAAACUCCGAGCCCUGUGGGAGAGCACCAGCUUCCAGCUGGAGCGUCUCCAGGCCGACCCGCUGUGCGUCCAGCAGGAGGAGGACGGGCUCGCCCGCCGCACCCAGCCCUACUUCAAUCUGACCUUCGACCCUGCCACCAUACCCAAGAUUGACGACCUGAGUCCUGGGAAGCCUCGAGUGGCUGUGGUUCGUGAAGAAGGCAGCAAUGGAGACCGAGAGAUGUCUGCAUCUCUCCUAAUGGCUGGGUUUGAGGUAUGGGAUGUCACAAUGCAGGACCUCUGCAGUGGCUCUGCCACACUGGAUCCUUUCAAGGCCGUAGUGUUCGUGGGUGGCUUCAGUUACGCAGACGUGCUGGGUUCAGCCAAAGGCUGGGCAGCCACGGUCACCUAUAACCAGCGGGCACGGGACGAGUUCGAGCGUUUCCGGCGGCGCAGCGACACGCUCAGCCUGGGCGUGUGUAAUGGCUGCCAGCUGCUGGCGCUGCUGGGCUGGGUGGGCACUGGAACCAGUGCCGAGUCCGAUGUGACCCUGACCCAUAAUAAAUCAGGCCGCUUCGAGUCUCGCUUUGUGAGUGUGAGCAUCCAGCCAUCUCCAGCUAUUAUGCUGAAAGGGAUGGAGGGAUCUGCACUGGGUGUGUGGGUGGCCCAUGGAGAAGGCUUGAUGCAGUUCCGCUCUGACGAGGCACGGAAGCAGGUGAUCGAUGGCUCGCUCGCGCCCCUGCGCUACGCGGACGACUCGGGCCGCCCCACGGAGGAGUACCCCCUCAACCCCAACGGCUCCCCGGAGGGCGUGGCCGGGGUCUGCUCGGCCGACGGGCGCCACCUGGCCAUGAUGCCCCACCCGGAGCGCGCCACGCUGGGCUGGCAGUGGGCCUGGGUGCCCGGGCCCCUCCGCGCCCGCAUGGCCCCGUCGUCGCCCUGGCUGAGCAUGUUCAAGAACGCUGCGUCCUGGUGUCAGACCUCACAGUGACACGGGCCCCCCUGCCAGCUACUGUGUGCCUGAGCCAUCAUGUUUGUCUCGCUGCACAAUCUUGACCAACAGUGUAUUGUAUACUGUUAAAGCAUUAGUUUAGACAUCUAGAAUUCCUAUUCUUAAACACAUUCCACUGAGGGCAAGCCCCUUACCCUUCAUGGUGGCGCUGACUGGACUAACCAGCCUUACAUGCAACUCUAGAAGGUUCUCGCUUUAUAUGUGUCAACUGUAAUAAAUAAUUUGCACUAAUACUUUUUUCCAUGAAACAAUCACUACAGCUGUAACAUGUUUUUGUACUGUCCUUUGAAUUAAAUCUAGACUUGGAGUAA